AUGAAACCCGGAGCUACGGCUCUCGACCUGUGGAAAAGUCUCCAAGACAUUUUCCUCAAUAACAAAACCACCAGAGCCGUGUAUCUCGAAGAGCAGUUCAACAACACCCGCCUAGCUUCCUUCUCCAACGUCACAGAAUACUGUGCCCGUCUGAAAAACCUGGUCGAUCAGCUUGAUAAUGUGGGCAACCCGGUUUCCGAAACGAAGAUGGUUCUCCAACUCAUAUYCGGCCUAACCAAAGGUGAAUACGACACCGUUGCCACCUUCAUCCAACAAACUGAACCCCUUCCCAGUUUCAACCGAGCCAAAUCCUCCCUCCUCCUUGAAGAGGCACGUCGGAACAAACCCGAUCCCACCACGCCACAGGCGCUCGUCACUCAACGGGCCGAUUACAACCAGGCAGAACACCUACCGUCAUCCCAUAACCACAGCAGCAGCCGUGGUCAGUCCCGAGGAAGCCAACGUGGUCGCGACGGACACCGUGGCAACAAGUGGUCAUUAUACUUCUGCUCAAGUGCCAUGGCAGUGGCCUAA